AUGAGAUUUGAUCGUCUACGAGCUGUGGUCCAAUGUCGUUCAGGUGAACAAUUGAGUAAAAUUUCAACUUUGAAAAACGCGAUCUGGUAUAUUGAAAGUUUAGAUAAAGUAUUACAUGGACAAGAGAAUUCAUGUUCAAAUUUCAUUCACCAAUCAUCAACCUCGUCAUCAUCAUCCUGUUCAAGGAAUCCAUCAAUCAGUCACGUGAGUGAAAUGAAAACAUGUACCGGACAUAAGCGAAGACAACGCAAUCACAUAACCAAAUCAGCUGAAUUAUUUGAAAACAAUCAGAAUGAAGCAAGAUCAGGGACCUCCUGGUCAUCUUUCGAGCAAGUUAUGUCACCACACGGGAACAUAUCUAUGCUCGAAAGAGGAUCAGUAAAUCAGUUCUACUCGGCACCGAUAUUUCCUACCUAUUGGGAUCCCAAUAUCAAUACUUUAAGUAAUAACGAGCAGAAAAAUGAUGAUCAUGACAGGAAGGACGGCACAUCGGCAUCAUUCAUGCAUUCAACUCCACAGAACAGACGAGUUGAGAAGAAAUUCUGUCCCAAUUCAAAUUCGCCAUCAUCAUCAUCAUCAUCAUCAUCAGUAUUCUUAUUAUCGUGUGAUGUUUCGAAUGAUUCCGGUUAUCACAGUUAUCAAUCGCGAUAUGAAUCAUUAUUACUGUCGUCUGUACCUCCACCUCAUUCGACGUUAUCCACAUGGAAUAAUCCUAAUCAUAAUGCAGGUGCGUCUAUGCUGCCUCCUUCGAAGAAAUAG